AUGGAGUAUCGAAUGCCAUGGCCCAAGUUUCUUAAAAUUGUUGCAAGGUUGAUGUACCAUAAAUUUCGGCAGUACUGCCUCUCCACAUCACACACUGUGGUGUUGGAUACCAACUACGGACAAGUAUGUGGACUCCAAAGAAAGACGACAUACGAUGAGGAGCUGUACUUUGCAUGAGGAAUACCCUAUGCUAAACCCCCGGUGGGUGAGCUCCGGUUCAAGGCUCCACAGCCUCCGGAGCCUUGGCAGGGAGUCCUCAAUUGCACCACUUACGGAUCCAAGCCCUUGCAAAGGAACAUGAUGCUAGGCUAUUUGGAGGGCAAUGAGGAUUGCCUGAACCUAAAUAUAUAUGUGAAAACAUUGAUAUCGGAUAAGAAGCUACCCGUUAUCGUGUGGAUAUAUGGCGGGGGAUUCCAGAAGGGAGAGGCCUCUCGCGAUGUGUACGCUCCUGAUUACUUUAUGAAGAAGCCGGUGGUGUUCAUUACCUUCAACCACAGAGUGGGAGCAUUGGGCUUCCUUAGCUUUAAGGAUCCUGAGUUGGGUAUUCCAGGAAAUGCAGGACUUAAGGAUCAAGUGCUGGCUCUCCGAUGGAUCAGGCAGAACAUUGCCCACUUCAAUGGAGAUCCUAACAACAUCACAAUUGCGGGAGUAAGCGCUGGAGCAUCCUGCGUCCACAUGUUGAUGACCUCGAAACAGACACGCGGUCUGUUCCAUAAGGCAAUCCUUCAAUCGGGAUGUGCACUACACGAAUGGGUUAAUUACCCGGAUGCCAAGUGGGCCUUUCGUCUAGCCAAAAAAUUGGGUUACAAAGGCGGCGAGAAGGAAGCAGAGAUUUUCGAUUUUCUUUGCGGAAUUUCCUCGCAUCAGAUAGCUUCCAACGACCAAGAUCUUAUUACCCUAGAAGAAGCCCGGAAAUUGGUAUCGUAUUCAUUCGGACCUGUGGUCGAGCCUUAUGAGACCGAGGACUGUGUAGUGUCUAGGAGAUAUAAGGAUCAGUUACCGGAUACCUGGAGCAACAACAUACCUGUAAUUAUGGGUGUCACCUCCUUGGAAGGAUUGGUAUUCUACCAGAAAGUUAGAGACGAUCCCUGGUUUCUAAGGAACUUGCAUACUAUCCUACCGUGUGAACUGAGUGAAGCCUGUACUCCGGAAGAACGAGAUCUACUUUUGCGUCGCAUCAAAACACACUUCGACAAUGAGGAGCAGCAAACAAUGACAUUUUUUGAGGCCCAGAAUAUCUGCUCCCAUCGUCAUAUAUAUCAUGGUAUGCAUCGCCUGGUUAUGGCUCGAAGAACCUAUGCCACGGAAACUCCCACAUAUCUUUAUCGCUUCGAUUUUGACUCCCCGCACUAUAAUCAAUUUCGGUGGUUAGUCUGCGGGAAUGAUACUCGUGGUGUGUGUCAUGCCGACGAGCUUUCUUACCUCUUUUAUACGGCAUUGUCUACACACCUGGAUAAAUCUUCGGAUGAGUACAAGACCAUAGAGCGAAUGAUUGGAAUGUGGACAUCGUUUGCCGCAACUGGAAAUCCCAAUUGUCCCGAAUUAGGAAAUGCCAAGUGGGAGCCUCUUCAGCCAAUGGAAAGCGGUGUGGAGAAGUGCUUCAAUAUCAGCAAAGAACUGGAAAUGAGGGAACUGCCGGAGGCCAAUACGAUGGCAUUGUGGGACUCUUUGUAUUCCAAAGAUGAUCUUUUCUAA